AUGGUCCUCUGGAAGCUUGGUUAUCCAGCUCUUCAGAGGAUGAAGGAGCUUCUCCGAAAGAUAUUGAGAAAGCUAUUCAAACCCUUCAAAGCCAAGGUCUACGUGUGUCCGUUCUGUCCCGACGGUGAACACAACUAUCCCCGACCCGAUAAUCUGCAGCGGCAUGUGCGUGUCCACCAUAUCGAUAGAGAUAAGGAUGAUCCGGCGUUACGGGAGGUGCUGGAACGCAAGCUUAUGGCCAAAAGCAGAGGGAAACGGAGGAGGGCCGUUGAAAUGUCGGUUGAAACUACUACUCCAGCUGUUGGCGGUCCAGAGAGAAAACAAUCCCUCGAAGGCGUGGUGGGCGAGGCAGUGCCUACGAAAAUCCGCAGAGUGGAUGAUAAAGGACAACUCUCGAACUUGCCCCCGAACUCCGUCCUUUCCUCUGGUCAAUGGUAUUCGGAUGUGUUAGCAGCGCCGUGGGUUUCCGAAAACUCCUUUCUAUCUGGGGAUGUUUCUGGACCUCCAUCAAUGGAUGCAUUCCUGGGCAUGUUACCAGGGACAGAGAUGCGUUUUUCCCAUAUCCCUUUCGAGUCCGACCAGGCUGCUCUGGAUACCCCUUCCGACUUCUGCCAGCUUCCUCCUUUACCACUACCGCAGUGCCCAACGUUCCAGCCGCAAGAUGUCGUUGACGAUCCCUCCAACUUACCGCUCCCGGGCUACGAUAUUGACCUCUAUGGAGACACCAACGCCGCCCCGUCAUCUUAUGCGUUGAGCACAGAUAGAGAAGGAAUCCGAGGCAUUCCCAUAGAGACAGAAUCUCCUGGGUCCUCAAAACUGACACCCACUUUCCAGUGCACCUUCUGCCACAAAGCCAUUUCUUACAAGGCCUGGAAACGCCACGAAGAAGCUGUCCAUCUACCUCAAUUCCAAUGGGUCUGUCAAGCGAGUGGACCUCUAGUUGCGAGUGGAGGCAGCCUCGACAUACUCUGUGCCUUCUGCAAGCUCCCCAAUCCUUCGAACUCCCAUUUCUCAGAUUGCCACCGAGCGGCAGAAUGCUUCGCCAGACCAGCAAUCGACCGUUCAUUCCCGCGCAAAGACAAUCUGAAGCAACACUGGAAGAACGUGCAUCAAUGCGAGUUGACCGAAGAUGUUGCGCAGCAUUGGAGAAGAACCAUAAAUUACGAGAAGAAGGAAUGGGGAUGUGGAUUCUGCGGGCAGAAGUUGGAGAGUUGGGAUGUGAGGGCUGUGCAUAUUGCGCAGCAUUUCCGAGAGGGCUGCACGAUGGCUUCUUGGGAUUCGAAUAGAUCUGUUAUUCAGCAGGCGUACUAG